AUGCUAAAUGAAAUAAUUAAAUCGCUGGGAGAAGGCACUCUGGUCGCUGUGACUUUGUUCUACACAUUGGUUUUGAAAAUUCCGCUAUUCGUAUUGUGGCAUCUCUUAUUGGCAAUCACACAACGACAAGGAGUCUCAAUCGAAGCUGCAGGGUUUGAUAACGGCAACACCGCCAACGGCAAACCACAAAAACCUGACUGUUCGACAUGUGAAGCUAUUAAGUCUUGUUCAGUAACUACAACAACAUCAACAGCAAAAUCUUCAAGUACUGCAUUGAUUGGCAACCACACUACCACUGCCAGUGCCACCACCAACACCAUUACAAUGGGCAAUAGUCAGAUGAAGACGACGGCUACGGCCGCAGAUGCUCCAGCUGGGGAUGCUAGUGGUGGCGUUGAAGGAGGUGGGGGUGCCUUUUCUUCGUCAUCGUUGAGAGCCUCUAUGAAAAGUCGCCGCGGCAGUCGAGUAAAAGUUUUUGGUCUUCUGGGUCAGAAGAAAGCAUCAAAGGAACCAACAACACCAACCACGCCAUCGUCCGCCACAGCCCCACCGCAAUUUGGUGUUGCAAGUGUGGCAAAAUCUCGAGCAUCAACUGCCAGCUGUAUUGAAAUGAUUGACGAGGAGGAACGGGCAUCUCUGGAGCAAAGUCACGCCGCUGUUAUACGCCAACUGGAGCUGGAACAAAUGGAAAUACACCCACCAUUAUCGCCCAACAGUACCAGUGUUGUAACGGCGCCGCUUGCUGACUCCCCCGGCGAUUUAUGUCCCACUUCCACUAAUACCGAUAAUGAGGAUGAAUUCCUGGACCACGAUGACGAUGUAGAUAGCUCGGCAACGGCAACAUCGACAACUACCAAAAAGACAAAUAAAAAUCUGACGCACAAUAAAUCGCCAUCAUCGUACACGGCAGUCCAAUUCCCGCCAACCACCACCACCCUAGAACAGCAUCUCCUGGCAGCAGCAAAUGCAACGCCAGCGAACAAACAGCGACCCCUCAGUGAAAUAAGCAUCGCUUCGGGCGAUACCUCGGGAAUUCUUUCGCCAACAACUGCUCGGGCCAUAUACGAAUUACGUAAGCGCCACCAAGCGGACAAGUUAUCGCUGCUGUCCGUGGCCAAAAUAAGCUAUUUGGAAAUUGUGCCAACCGAAUUGCCCACAGAAUCCAGUCCGGAGAGUACCGAUGAACAAAUGGCCAUGCACUUGGGCAAAAAGCUGGCACAGGUAUUGAGUGGCAAUACAGCUGGUGCUGGAGGUGUCGCCAAUGCUGGUGUUGGGACAGGCGUUAAUACCAAUAGUGCUGGCACUCCUGGUUCGCCACUGCCUGAUAAUGGAAAUUAUUUCAUUGCUGCAACAACGCCAACAACCCCCGCCACCAAUGAACUGUUUAACAUUGCCAAAGCAAAGAAGAUUGAAUUGCCAAGUUUAUCGUCACGUUUAGUAGCGAGUGCAGCAGCGCCAUCAUUGGAUAGUCAUGCAUUGCAUUCAACAGCUUCAACGGAUGCCAAACAUUUGCCAACUUUACAAUCGUCGUCAUCAACGCCCUCGCUAUCGUCGCUUCAUUCGAACACAACACAAAUCGGAGGUGGUGGUGCUGCUGCAGCUUACCCCGGCACUCCAACCCAUUCCACGGAAACCCAAUCAACCGUUAUAAUUUCAUUUAAAUCAUCCCAAACACCUGUUCUAUCUCAAACACAGCUACCAGGUGUCAAUGCACCGCCCACGCCCCCCGACGAAACCUUUUCCCACGACUUGCCACCAACAACGCCACUGAACAAUAACGAUAAUGCCGAGCCAACAAUGCCACCGACAGUGUCUCUAUCGAGUAGCAUUAUUGGGGCAACAAGCCAAAUGGGAUCGCCUCUACCGCCGUGCACACCACGCAACAAUGUCCUCAAGAAAGUGGCCUCGUUUACGGCGGAAAAGGCUGCGGCUGGCAGUGCCAGUAAAAUCAAUAAUGGCGAUAGCUGUUGCGGCAUGGCGGGUCCAUACGAAAGUAACGGCUUGAGACGUUCAUCAUUUGUGCCCGAGAAGUUAAGCUUCGCUGCAUAUGAAAAGUUUGAAGAGACAUUUGGGUCGAUAGCUGAUGGCAGGCGAGAUGUUAACAUUACCAACACCACCAACAAAGCGUCAAUUGAUUUGAAAUAA